GGUGACAUCGUUGAGUUUCAUGCUGCUGAUACAAUUCAAAUACGACAACAGAUGGUGCAGCACCCCGGAGGAGUGCCAACUGAGAACACAGAUUCAUUAAUUGGCGGAGCAGAAAGAUGGGUUGGCUAGUUAAUGUUGUUUGUGUUCUCAGGUCACCCCUCUGGGGCACCCUGUUUCUGUUCAUGCGAAGCAAGCAGAAUACAAAGACCUCUUUAAAGCCGCAGAAACUGGAGAUUCAUCAAUAUUUCAAUCACUUUCACAGCAACACCUCUCCAAAUCUCUGUCUUUAAAAAACGAAGAUGGCCGCUCCCUCCUCCACGUCGCCGUCUCCUCCAGUCACCCCGAGAUGAUGAAAAUACUGUCAAAUGUUGAUGAAGAAGGGUGGGCUCCCAUUCAUUCGGCUGCUAGCAUUGGUAACACGGAGAUACUAGAAAUUUUACCGUGCAAAAGGUUAGAAACUUCAUAGUUAUCUUCCAAUUGCCUGUAAUGUGGUGGUGUUAAUGGGUAAUUUGUGAUUCUCUUGUCAUGCUUGAAUGGCUUAUUCUUGAAUUACUCAAUUGGGUGAAUUGGACCCUGCCGUUGGUUGAAUUACUAAUUUUAUCAUAUGAAAAGUUCUGACUUACGGUCAGGAGCUGAUGUUAAUGUGAAGAAUGAUAGUGCGCGAAGUGCUCUUCAUUAUGCUGCCAGCAAGGGCUGGUUGAAGAUCGCUGAACCUCUAAUCUCGCACAGUGCAAAAAUUAAUUCAAAGGACACGGCUUUUAACUUCUCAUACGAGUUUGUUCAUUCUCUCAUAUGAAUGAUCUGUUUUCAUUUUCCUAGACAUGCUAAAAUGUUUUCUAGUUCUUUUUUCUUUUAUUGAUUAUCUAAAACUCUUUUUUUUUUCAGGUCGGUGAAACCCCAUUGCAUAGAGGAGCUCGCUUAGAGUAUUCAGUGUUGUGUGAACUCUCAAUGGGGAAAGGGGCAGAGGUUGAUGCCACUGAUAAGGCUGGUCAAACAAUGUUGUGGUAUUGUUCCCAGAGUUCCACUUAAGUUUGCAGAGUCAAGGCUUGAUAUGAAAUUGUUAAAACUAUAAUUACAUCUAGUUUUUUUGUGAUUUGGGGUAUUAUUGUUAUGUUUAAAUAUUUACUGGUCCUAGUUUUAUUGGAGAGUUGCAUUGUCAGUGUCGACAUAUCGACUUGAUUAGCAUGUUUCCUUGCCUCUUCAGCUGCCUUUGACUUCUGUUGAGAAUUUUGCAUUAGUUUUCGGUUGUUUCAAACAUUGUUUGCACUGUAAAUAAAAUAAGUUAAUGCGCAAGUGGGGACAGAGAUAAAGAAGAAGGCCUACACCCAGUCACCCACAAAAAAAUCUAACGUUCCUACCAGUUGAAGAUACAUACUUGGAAUUACAGAUAGAAGUGCAAGUGACAGAGAGCCCCUCUUUCCCUAUUUUCUCUCAUACAAGUGCAGUCGCCAUUUUCAGGCAUCGAAAGAGAUGUCAACUUCCGAUGAACUCAACUCUUAUCCACAUGUAGCUAUUCUCCCAAGCUCUGGUAUGGGACAUUUAAUGCCUUUUCUUCGACUAGCUGCAACACUUGUUCAACGUCACUGCCGUGUCACUCUAAUUACGAUCAACCCAACUGCCUCCGUUCCCGAGUCUCAAGUUAUAUCUAGACUCUUCUCUACUUAUCCUCAGAUCACCGAAAAGCAGUUUCAUCUCCUUCCUUUUGAUCCCACUUCUGCCAUUUCUGUUGACCCAUUGUACCUCCAGUGGGAAGCCAUUCGUAGUUCUUCUCACCUUCUCGCUCCUAUCCUCUCUUCAAUGUCUCCUUCUCUCUCUGCUCUUGUUUUGGAUGUUACCUUGACUUCCUCUGUUCUUCCAGUUACCACAAGCUUAGGUAUACCUAACUACGUCUUCUUCACAUCAUCCGCCAGGAUGUAUUAUUUCUGCGAGUCUUUUCCCACUUAUGUUGCGUCCAGAUCCAGUUCGGGUUCCGUUCAAUUCGAUUCCUUUAUUGAAAUUCCAGGGCUUUCUCCCAUUCCCAUUUCAUCAAUCCCCCCAGCUCUUAAAAAUUUAAAUCAUCUCUUUAGCACUACGUUCAUACAAAACGGUCAGAACUUGGCAAAAUCAAAUGGGAUUAUAAUUAACUCAUUUGAAGCCCUAGAAGACAUUCUACAUGAGGUUAAUGGCAAAAGGGCCGGAGAUGGGCUUCAACCCAUCUAUAGCAUUGGACCACUUUUGCCAUGUCAAUUUGAGAAAACAGAGUACAGUGGAGCUGUGAAGUGGCUUGACGAGCAACUAGAAGGAUCAGUGGUAUAUGUUUGUUUUGGCAGUAGGUCCGCCUUGUCAAGUGAACAAAUAAAGGAGCUCGGAGAUGGGUUGGUAAGGAGUGGAAAUAGAUUUCUUUGGGUGGUGAAAGCUAAGAAAGUAGACGAGGAUGAAGAAAGUCUGGAUAACUUGUUGGGUCAUGAGCUGACGGAGAGGAUUAAGAAUCAUGGGUUGGUGACGACGGAGUGGGUAAAUCAACAAGAGAUACUGAAUCACAAGGGAAUUGGUGGGAUUGUUACUCAUGGUGGAUGGAACUCAUUAAUGGAGGCUGUGUGGCAUGGAUUACCAAUGCUAGUAUGGCCACAGACUGGGGAUCAGAAGAUCAAUGCAGAGGUAAUUGAGAGAAGUGGCUUGGGGAUGUGGGUCAGGAGCUGGGGCUGGGGCUGGGGUGCUGAGCAGGUGGUGAAAGGACAAGACUUUGGGGAGAAAAUUAAAGAGUUGAUGGAGAACAACCAACUGAGACAGCAAGCUAGAAAUAUUGGAGAAGAGGCAAGGAAAGCUGUUGGAGUUGGUGGCAGUUCUGAGAGGAUGUUGAAGGAGCUCAUAGAGGAUUGGAAGAAGAACAUUAGCAGAAUUUGACGGUUCAUGGCUCCAUUGUAUCAUACUUUGGCUAGCAGCCUGUUUUCUCUUUAGUUUGUUGUUCUUCUAGUUAAUUGAAGGCAACUUAAUAAUAUGGUUUGAUAUGUAGUAAGCUGCAUGUAAACGAAAUAAAUUCGAUGGUUCUGUUGUUAGUAAAUUAA